UGAUCUAGUGGCGAGGACUUUGAAUAAUCUGCAGGCACCAAGUCGUAGAUCAAAAGUUUCAAAUCUCUCCGUCAUCAUUUAAACGGGGAUUUAUGAUUGGUGAAAACCAUAGCAAUUUUCUAAUUCAUCUAGAAGCUCGAUGAGCAGAAUGACCUCUAUAAUAAUUGCACAAAACUCCAUUCCUAUUCACUCCUCACACUCAAAACCAUAAUCGCAAUCCCUUCACUUUAACCUUCUUUCUUACUUCUAAAUUAAACUCAACAAUUUAUCUGCGAAAUUAAACAAUUUUUGCUUAACAUGGGUAGUGAAGAGUGUAAUUUGCACAUAUUCUUCUUUCCUUUCUUAGCUCAUGGCCACAUGAUUCCCACCGUUGACUUUGGUUUACCUCAAGGUAGUAUCCGCGUCAAAACCGUCGAGUUUCGCCCAGUUGACUUUGGUUUACCUGAAGGUUGCGAUAACGUUGACUUUAUUCGUUCAUCGGAUAAGAUUCCUCUGUUCUUUGAGGCCACUAGGUUUCUACAAGAACCAUUUGAGCGGUUAUUGAUUCAGCGUAAUCCUGAUUGUGUUGUCUCUGAUAUGUUCUAUCCAUGGACUACUGAUUCUGCUGCUAAGUUUGGGAUUCCUAGGAUUAUGUUUCAUGGAACUAAUUUCUUCUUCAUGUGUGUUAGUGAAUCUACCAGACUCUAUGAGCCUCACAAGAAUGUUUCUUCCGAUUCGGAAUACUUUGUCAUUCCUAAUCUACCGGAUGAGAUUAAAAUGACAAGGAUGCAGAUGCCGCCUUUCGCUUUGCACAACGAAGGAAAAGGCACGCACCCCAUCGCCAAAUUGUCGAAGGAAGCAAUCGAAUCAGAUAAGAAGAGCUAUGGAACAAUGGUUAAUAGUUUCUACGAACUGGAGAAAGAUUAUGCAGAUCAUUUCAGGAAUGUUCUUGGAAGAAAAGCAUGGCAUAUUGGACCUUUGUUUCUUAUAAACAAGGACGACACUCAAGACAAAGCUCAAAGAAGAAAAGAUGCAUCUAUUGAUGAAAAUGAGUGUUUGAAGUGGCUUGACACAAAGAAGCCCAAUUCAAUUGUUUAUGUUUGCUUUGGAAGCAUUGCGAAUUUUCCGGAUUCUCAGCUAAGAGACAUUGCUAUUGGUCUCGAGGUGUCGGGGCAACAUUUCAUUUGGGUAGUGAAGAAAAGCAAGGAAGAUGGAGAUGAGUGGCUACCGGAGGGGUUUGAGAAGAGAAUGGAAGGAAAGGGACUAAUCAUAAGAGGUUGGGCGCCACAAGUGUUGAUUCUUGAGCACCAAGCAAUCGGAGCCUUUGUUACUCAUUGUGGUUGGAAUUCGACUUUAGAAGCAGUGACUGCUGGGGUGCCAAUGGUAACUUGGCCUAUUGCGGCAGAGCAGUUUUACAAUGAGAAAUUGGUGACUGAGAUUCUUAAAAUCGGAGUGCCCAUUGGCGCGAAAAAAUGGUUGAGAUUGAUAGGGGAUACGGUUAAAUGGGAGGCAGUGGAGAAAGGUGUGAAGAAAAUAAUGGUAGGAGAAGAAGCAGAGGAAAUGAGGAAUAAGGCUAAAGUGUUGUCUCAGUUGGCUAAGAGCGCUGUGGAAAAGGGAGGAUCAUCGUACUCUGAUUUAGAUGCACUCGCCACUCAUUGUGGAGUUGGCUUCACACAAGCAAUGAUUUCCCAUAUUUUAAAAAUAGAUUACUCGUUUUAAUUUAGCAACUUCAGUUGUAAUUUUAAAUCACAAGGGUAUUUUCUUGCCAAUAAGUUAUAGCUCAAAUG